GAUUUUAAGAGGUGGGGCUUAUUGGAUGAUCAGAGAAACAGGUACAUAUAGAAGGUAUAUCCACAGAUAAUGUUGUUAAAUGGCACAAAAGCAUUUGACAAUGAUGGUGUUCAGGACGUUGUGUGUGGUGCUUGCAAUCUUCACCAAAGGAUGCCUCUCACAGCUGGAUGUUUGUGGAAAGGCUUCUCUCAACACCAGGAUAGUAGGAGGAGAUAAUGCUGUAGCAGGGUCUUGGCCUUGGCAGGUCAGCUUGCAAGUGUCAUUAAGCCAUUUUUGUGGGGGAUCCCUCAUCAAUAGUGGCUGGGUCCUGUCGGCUGCUCACUGCUUUUCAAAGUACACAGCUUCCCAAGUGACUGUUGUACUCGGUCUUUAUACUUUGCAAGGAACCAACUAACAGUGUGAAAAGUCUCUCACUUCGAUCUUCAUACAUCCAGAUUACAGUAGUAAAACAAAUGACAACGACCUUGCUCUACUGCAGUUGUCUUCUGCAGUAACUAUAAAUACUUAUAUCACUCCUAUCUGCCUGGCUGCAACAGGAAGCAGUUUUUUCAGUGGCAAUUUAACAUGGGUCACUGGCUGGGGAAAUAUUAACACAGGAGUAAGUCUACCAUCUCCUGGGACAUUACAGGAAGUUCAAAUACCAAUUGUUGGAAACAGGAAGUGUAACUGUUUAUAUGGAGUUGGAUCUAUCACCAACAAUAUGGUGUGUGCUGGGCUCUUGCAAGGCGGCAAGGACUCCUGUCAGGGUGAUUCCGGCGGUCCACUGGUCAUUAAACAGGGCUCUCAGUGGAUCCAGGCUGGCAUUGUGAGCUUUGGUAACCAAUGUGCUCUUGCAAAUUACCCUGGUGUGUAUACGAGAGUUUCUCAGUAUCAGAAUUGGAUCUCUCAAACAAUCACCACAAACCAGCCAGGCUUUAUUACAUAUACACCCACUGGCACUGACAGUGAUCUUCAAGUGACCUGCAGUGGUCUUCCAGCUGCACCAACAACUGUUGCAACGACUACUGCACCACCUGUGGUGUGUGGAAACGCCGUUCUCAAUAGUCUCUCAGGAUCAGGAAGCUCCCUGGCUUCAGCGGGUACGUGGCCAUGGAUGGCCAGCCUGCAACGCAAUGGUAUUCACGUUUGUGGUGGAACACUGAUAGCCACGCAAUUUGUUUUGAGCUCGGCUGAUUGCUUCUCUAGCUCAACCAAUCCUUCUGACUGGGUAGUGAAACUAGGUCGGCUCAACCAGAAUGGUGCAAACCCCAACGAGGUGUCUAUAAAUGUGACUAAUAUUACAUUCAGCAGUGGUUCCACCAAUAAUAUUGCAGUGCUGCAGUUAUCUGCUAAGCCUACGCUUUCCAACUUCAUCCAGCCCAUAUGCACAGACACGGGGAGCUCAAACUUUGGCAUUGGCACUCAGUGUUGGGCAGCUGGCUGGGGCUCAGGAGGAGGAGAUCAACAAACACUUCAGCAUUUCACCACAAAUAUAGCCGAUUGUGGAAAUUCGUCUUCAUUAAACAGCAUCUGCACAGUAGCCAUGACGAUUGAACAGACUGUAAAAGGAGGUCCUUUAAUGUGUCAGAGUGGGCAGGUAUGGUUCCAAGUUGCAGUUUUAAUUGUCGCCAACACCACCACCACCUCGAACAGCACUACCUCGAACAGCACUACCUCAAACGGCACUACCUCGAAUGGCAAUACAUCGAACGGCACGGCCUCCAAUGGCACGGCCUCCAACGGCACUGCCUCGAACGGCACAAAUAACAGCUCGCAGGUUUCUGCUGGAUCCAACAACAGCUCGAACAGCAGCACCAAUUCUACCAACAGUUCAAACAGCACUAGUGGCUCUACUAAAACCACAGACUUGACAACACGUGCCACAAACAUAACGAUCUUCACUAAGGUAGCAAGUUUUGCAGAUUUCUUGAAGGCUACAACAGGUUCCCUCCCUUCCUCAGCAGCCAGCAUUAUAGCAUUUUCAGGCUCUGGACCGUUAUCAUUCCUUUCAGUUGUCUCAGUCCUUAUACUGUCCAUUUCUGCCCUUAUCCAAACAUUAGUUUAGCAUGAGCAUCCUUAAUAAUAAUAACAAUAUACAGUAAGUGCUCAGGGAAGUUACACAUUAUCUACGGAAAAGUUUACUAUAUGUUCAUUCAUUCAUAUAUUACCUUUACAGAGAAACUUAUGAAUCUAAGAAACAAUGUAUAUGUAGAAAUACUACUGCACUUUUUACCUGCCUUUUGUAAUGCAAACCACUAAGUGCUAUCCACUAUGGGAUUAGCCAAGCUAAAAUCCGUAACCAAUCACAGACAGAGUUUAAGAUUAGAAAACAAGACCAGCCAAUUAUAGGCAUCUGAAUGCUCAUGUAGCUGAAAUAAUACAGCAAUGCUCUACUCCAAGCACACAGUAAAAGGACUUUAAUACAGUUUUACUGCUCUGCUGUAUCCUGCCUCAACUGUAAGUUACUGAUGAAAAAGAAUCAGACAAAUGUAGCAGGUUAUAUUUAAUUUUACAUUUCUCCAUAUAUUCCUGGAACCAUCAAGUCUAUCUUCAACCAUCAUAGUCAUAUACUGUUAAAAGAACAUCAUUAUGUUCUACAAUUAUUUACUGUGAAAUGUAUCUUUCAUGCACUGCAAACACUGGCCAGUAAAAUGCUGUUAUAGUAAUUAUUGUUUUGCACAGUGUAUGAUUGGUCACCUGUUGCAUUCAAUAAGCAGAAGGAGUUGAUGGGAAUAAAACAAUCAUGAGAAAAGUUUUGGGAAAAAUAUCUGGCAAAAUAUAUGAAUAAAUGUAAAAAAAAUAAUUACACAGCACAGUAACAAUAUUAACAUUUUUAACUGAAGAGAAAUAUAUUUUGUUACUUUGUGUAACAAAGUGUGUCAUAAUUAGGGAGUAUUUAUUUAGCUAAAUGACCUAAAAAUGGAUUGUGGAAGUUUUAAAAACUUUAGCUUCCACCUUGCUCUCAACAGCCUGACCUUCAAGAACAGUAAGACUUAAAGAAAAGUUUGUUAGUGCAGAACGAGUAGGGAAAGUAACGCAAAUGAAUUCGAUGUUAAGAAGUUUCAAGCAUGAUUUUUCUCCCAGAAGUUCACUAAUGUGCAAAACUUACGGUGUAGAAACAUCAAUGCUGCCUUAAAAGACUUUCAAGGUUUUUGUGGUUGUUGGUUUUCCCUACUAAUGGAACUUUGCUCCUAUUCUGUGAGCACGAUUGUUGUGUUUAUAUUAUAUAUAUAUAUUUAAAUAAUGAAAUGACACACUGUACAGGUUGAGUACAUGAAUAUUAAAUAUGACUAUGAAACUGUACAGGUUUGCAAUUCAUAUUUUGCUACAGAUCUAUUUUAUGAUAUUGCUUUUACUUCAAAAGUGUCCUCUGACAAACUAAAUAUAAGCUACUAAAGAAAA